GAAAUCAUUCCCAAAAUUAGGUUUUCUGCAAAUAAGGAUUCAUACCGCGAAGUGUGUAACCUGUUCGGGCAAUCGGAGUCGACUUUUUAUAAACAUUUAAAUUUGAUUCUUGAUUUUUUCGUUGAUGUAGCCAAAAAUCUUAUACAUUUUCCUGAAACACGUCAAGAGAAAGAAAAACUCGCCAGAAGCUUUCAGCAGAUAUCUGGAUUUAUAAACGUGUUGGGUUGUAUUGAUGGAUGUUACAUCUACAUUCGACAACCAGCUAACAAGAUUAGGUCUACAUACGUAAACCGCCAUGAUUUAUUAUCUAUAACGCUUCAAGGCAUUUGCGAUUCAAACAAACGCUUCAUGGAUGUUUGCAUAGGAGCACCAAGCAAAGUUCACGAUGCCAGAAUAUUCUCUAUAUCACCCAUUAGUAAAGAAUUACCUGUACUGUGUGAAGGCAAGUAUCAUCUUCUGGGGGACGCAGCAUAUCCUUUACGAGAAUAUCUGCUCACACCCUACAAAGAUUACGGAACCUUGUCUCCAAGGCGUAGGAGAUACAAUAUCAAGCAUAGCCAAACACGAGUCAAAAUAGAGAAUGCAUUUGGUUUGCUUAAGCAACGAUUUAGACAGCUAAUCAGACUUGACUUUUUUGAUACUGAACGAGCCAGCAAGUUUGUGCUGGCAUGCUGUGUACUGCAUAAUAUAUGCAUCGAUAUGGACGAUUCAUUACCGGAACGGAUAGCCAUAGAUAUGAAUGAGAACCUCCCAGGAGUACGCCAAUACGAUGACGAAAACUCCCAAAGAUCAACUGCGUUGAAGUUGUUGGGCGAGGCGAAAAGAAGCGAAAUUGUGAACAUAAUAACAUGAAUUUAUAUUAAUAAAUCGUUAUUCUAGAGCAUACUCUUUCUGUUUUAUUAGGAUGCAUUGUUUUUUUCUACUCUAUAUAAUAAUCAUGAUUCGUUUUCAACAAAGCUUUAAAUUCAUUCACGUCGUUCAAAUAUUAAGAAACACUCAUCAUACGUUAGAGUUGUUCUGAACAGCUUUUACCAAUUCUCGCAAGAUUUCCAUUUUUUCUGCAUGUCUUUUCUGACAUUGAUCUUCUCUAUCUCUCUUCUCUUUUUCGCGUUCCUCCCGCCGUAAUUCUCGUUUUGCGCAAAGCUCUUUAAUUACUUCUACCCAAGUUUGCUUGGGAGCUUUUGU